AGUGGUCGCCCCACAGUCUGAAUCAGCUGCCAUCAUGUUGGAGUUGACUCGCGAAUCCUUUGACCUGCUCGUCAAGACGGACCCGGUACCGCAUGUUUUGGUGGAUGCGCGCUGCCGCAGCGACUCGAACGAUUUGACCGUGCCAGCAUCGACCGUGGUGGUCAAGCCAGCGGCCUUUCAGACCAGCAUGCUGCCCGAAGACGGUUGCGUUUGCAUUGUUUACGACGCAGAGCCCGCCCUGGUCGACACCGGAGCCCUCGCGUGCGUUCAGUUCAACAUCAAUACUGCAGCCCGUGAGCAUGUGCCCGAGCUUGAGGAAAUAUCUUGCGACACCGUCACGGAGCAAGGCGAGCAGAAUUAUGUGCUUGACGUUAGGCGCACUGACGAGGUCGACAACUUUGGCAAACUGCCCCACGCUGACUCCAUUCCUCUGCACUUGGUACUGCAGCAGCUGAGUGCGGAUGACAAGUCACCAGCCUUGACCAACAUGUUGAGAAAUGACAGGACCAUCAUUGUGGGCUGUCGCACAAAUCGGCGGGCUCGCUUCAUGACGCAGAUCCUGCUGGAUAUGGGCAUGAAGAGUGUCAAAUUUAUCGACAAGGGUGCCUGUGGCUGUUCGCAAAUCCCGUCAAACGACAUGAAGUGCUAUCCUUCAUAUGAGGUGUCAGAUCCUGUCCCUGCCCCUAACAACUAG